UUACUUGGUGAAAUUUUGCUGGACCGAUGUAACUUCAAUAUUAUGACACGAUACAUUGCUGUUUCAGAAAAUUUGAAAUUAGUAAUGAAUCUAUUAAGAAAUGCAAGUCGUAAUAUUCAAUUCGAAGCUUUUCAUGUUUUCAAG